GUCCACUCAUCCUCUUCCCACUUCUCCCAAGUCAAGUCUUCGAACAUCAAAUGGUUCGAAUUAAAAAGGAGCCGCAUGCCGAGUUGUCCGCAUCACUCGGCCAAAGAUACAAUGGGAGGUGGCUAACGCUUGUCAGCCCACAAAUUCUGUCCCUACGCAAGGGCAUCACUAAGACAGACAGGCACGCAGGGUUCAAUUUGAAGGGUAGCAACCCGUGCAACCCAAGACGAACGAUAAGAUCAGCAGCCUGUACAUCUCUUCUAGGACUAUUCGUACAUCAACAGUCGAAUGUACGCCCAAUCACAUGUUUUGCGAGUACGGAUACGUUCUUAUGGUGUAUCAGCAGGCAUCCUCCCUUCGCGCCCUGGCAUCUCGAGUCGCGGUCCCAGAGGCGACGUCACCCAGCGUGGCAUAGCAGCAUGUGGAGUGUUUCCUCCAAUUCCGCACUCUUGAAAGAACCCGUCCUUCCACGAAGCUUGUUUCUGCCCGUUUCAUCUGAACAGCUCCCCUCCAGACGGACCUCGAAGUUUCACUCCUCCGAUGCUCCGUUCCAGUCAAAUUUCGUUCCUGGCCAUCUUGCAGAGGGGUACGGCAACUUCCACAUGGGACGGGCAAAAUGUAUCGACGCUCUAUCUCGACGACCUCUUCUCUACGGCAGACCUUCGAAUGGCCAACACAAUUACGAGGUUGCCGCAUGUUCACCGGCGUUGCUAGCACCAGUGUCAGAAACCGAGAGACAAGCAAGAUAUAUCCGCACCACCUCCUUCGCCGGAAGACUAUGUUUGGAUGUCACGACGCAAGCUUGCAUUGUCCGAUACAGCAUAAGCCGGUUGAACCCUGCCAUCCGUAGCAUCUUGACCGCCACGCUCCAAUCGGGUCACAAUUCGCUAUGGAGACGACAACAGACGACGGGAGCGCCGUGGCUGUGCGGGGCUCUCGCUUUACCCGGAGUCCACGAUAUCUGUCCCUAACCCCGGAGAUGGGCAAUCAUUGGCAAUGAGACGCAGCUCAACUCCGAGCACUGUGCGAUACAAAGCAAUCAUCUUCGAGCCUCGGGACUUUGUGGGCGUCUCUCCUCUCUGUACGUCUCGUAGAGGAGCAGUUGAGACGAUGU